AUGCCCCGGGGACACAAGAGUAAGCUCCGUGCUCAAGCAAAACGUCGCCAGGCCCGAAGUGAGAACCAGGCUGCCCAGGAAGCUCAGGCUCCAGGGGCACAGGGAGGGGAGGCCCCAUCCUGCUGUGGUCUCUCUGGGGAAGCUGCCUCCAGCUCCUCUGUGGGCCUUGUUCCCCAGAAGUCACAGGGUGCUUCACCCCCUGCUAGCGCCACUGGUGUUGCUACACCAAAGAUGUCUGCAAGAGGUGCCAAGAAUAGAGGGAGGGAAAGGGAACCUUCCCCUGUGGCCACAGUGCCCACUAAGAGCUCAGAAAAAGAGCUUCUAAUGAAGAAGGCAGGGAUGUUGAUGCACUACCUGCUGUACAAGUAUCAAAUGAAGGAGAAAGCAGUGAAGUCUGAAAUGAUGAAGAUCGUGCAUAAAAGGUUCCGACCAAAAUUCCCUGAGAUCCUACAGAUGACCACUGAGUGGGCAGAGAUGCUCUUUGGCCUUGAGUUGAAGGAAGUAAAGCCUGGUGGUGGCUGCUACACCUUUGUCAGAAGGUUUACUGAAUCCAACUAUGGAAAUUUGAUCACUAGCUUGGAUAUCCCUAUGAAUGGUGUUCUGAUUCCUGUGCCCAACAUCAUCAUCCUAAGUGGCAACUGUGUACCUGAAGAAGAGAUUCUGGAAUUCUUGAAUAUGAUGCCAAUGUAUAAUGAGAAGGAAUACUUAAUCUGUGGUGAGCUACAAAAUAUCACCACCAAAGAUCUGGUGCCAAACAAUUAUCUGAUGUACCGCCAGGUGCUUCUCAGUGAUCCUCCAAAUAAUGAGUUCCUGUCUGGUCCACGAGCAUUCAAUGAGACAAACAAGAUGAAAGUUCUAGAGCUUUUGGCCAAGGUUAAUGAAACCAUCCCCACUGCCUUCCCAUGGAAUUAUGCAGAGGCUUUGAGAGAGGAGGAAGGGAGGGCCCAAGCCACAGCUGCAGUCAGCCGUGGAGCUGUGGUUCUGUCUCUCCCUUCUCCUGGGGAAACCUCUAACAUAAUGCCCUAG